CACCCCCAUCUCCCCCCGAGAGCUCUAGGUUUGUUUGUUUCUUUAUUUAUUCCCGGGGCCAAGGCAUCUAGGACUUGAGGCUUCCAGGACGGGGACUGAGAGAGCAAGACUGAGACGUGAACCUCCCGCUGCUGCCCUUCAAGUCAAGCGUGACAGCGCGGGCCGGUUGCGUGACUGGUGACGUCUCCAAGCCCUAUAGGUGCAGCGACUGGUGAGAUAGUCCGUAUCGCCUGGUUGCCUCUUUAUUUUAUUGGGGUAUGCCUGGUAAUAAACAGUAAUAUUUAAUUUGUUGGAGACCACAAGCCAACUACGAGCUGGGAGGUACUGUGCUCCUCCGGACAGACUUUGGAGAGAAGCCUGGCCUAAGAGGGGGUUCGCUUCUGGGGUCCUUUCAAGCCCUGAAGCCCCAGCCUCAGUGAGGUGGCCUCCUGGAUUCUACGAGGAAAGAAGAGGUGGAAUUUUUGGAGAGCAGAAUCUUGCGCGGGCACCAGCCCCAGGGCGCACCAUGGCUGACGCAGACGAGGGCUUUGGCCUGGCGCACACACCUCUGGAGCCUGACUCGAAAGACCUGUCCUGUGAUCCCAAAGCUGAGAACGCGUUAGGGGCCCCCAGCAAGUCUCCGUCUUCUCCACAGGCCGCCUUCACCCAGCAGGGUAUGGAAGGAAUCAAGGUGUUUCUCCACGAAAGAGAGCUGUGGCUGAAAUUCCACGAAGUGGGCACGGAAAUGAUCAUUACCAAGGCUGGAAGGCGGAUGUUUCCCAGUUACAAAGUGAAGGUGACCGGCCUUAAUCCCAAAACCAAGUACAUUCUCCUCAUGGACAUUGUUCCUGCCGACGACCACAGAUACAAGUUCGCGGAUAAUAAAUGGUCUGUGACGGGCAAGGCCGAGCCCGCCAUGCCCGGCCGCCUCUACGUGCACCCUGACUCACCAGCCACCGGGGCUCACUGGAUGCGACAGCUCGUCUCCUUCCAGAAGCUGAAGCUCACCAAUAACCACCUGGACCCGUUUGGGCAUAUUAUUCUAAAUUCCAUGCACAAAUACCAGCCCAGAUUACACAUCGUGAAAGCAGACGAAAAUAAUGGAUUUGGUUCAAAAAAUACGGCGUUCUGCACCCACGUUUUUCCGGAGACGGCGUUUAUCGCGGUGACUUCCUACCAAAAUCACAAGAUCACGCAGCUGAAGAUCGAGAAUAACCCCUUCGCCAAAGGCUUCCGGGGCAGCGACGACAUGGAGCUGCACAGAAUGUCAAGAAUGCAAAGUAAAGAGUAUCCUGUGGUCCCCAGGAGCACAGUGAGGCAAAAAGUGGCCUCCAACCACAGCCCUUUCAGCAGUGAGCCCCGAGCUCUCUCCACGUCCUCCAACUUGGGGUCCCAGUACCAGUGUGAGAACGGCGUCUCCGGCCCCUCCCAGGACCUUCUGCCCCCGCCCAACCCGUACCCGCUGCCUCAGGAGCACGGGCAGAUCUACCACUGCACCAAGAGGAAAGAUGAGGAAUGCUCCACCACAGACCACCCCUACAAGAAGCCCUAUAUGGAGACGUCCCCCAGCGAAGAGGACUCCUUCUACCGCCCCAGCUACCCCCAGCAGCAGGGUCUGAGUGCCUCCUACAGGACAGAGUCAGCCCAGCGGCAGGCCUGCAUGUACGCCAGCUCCGCGCCACCCAGCGAGCCAGUGCCCAGCCUGGAGGACAUCAGCUGCAACACAUGGCCCAGCAUGCCCUCCUACAGCAGCUGCACGGUCACCACGGUGCAGCCCAUGGACAGGCUGCCCUACCAGCACUUCUCUGCUCAUUUCACCUCAGGGCCCCUGGUCCCGCGGCUGGCUGGCAUGGCCAACCACAGCUCCCCACAGCUGGGAGAGGGCAUGUUCCAGCACCAGACCUCCGUGGCCCACCAGCCUGUGGUCAGGCAGUGUGGGCCUCAGACUGGCCUCCAGUCCCCUGGCAGCCUGCAACCCCCUGAGUUCCUCUACUCUCACGGUGUGCCCAGGACCCUGUCCCCACACCAGUACCACUCUGUGCACGGAGUUGGUAUGGUGCCAGAGUGGAGCGAGAACAGCUAAAGGUAGGCUGGCCUCGCCGUAGACGUUUGCCAGGGAGAGAGAAAGGGAGACAGAAAGAGAGAGACAAUCAGUAGCAAAGACAACCCCAUUAACAAAGUCUUCAUUUCAUCCCAUGUUUGCGUCUACUCUUGAGGCCGCUGGACACUGAUGUAAUUAUUAGCUUGUGACCACCUCUCAAAAAUGUGACUCUGUUGUUUUGUCUCAAGACUUAAAAAGAAAAACAAACAAAAGAAGACGUGCCGAACCCCCACGACCACAGCACUCAUGGACCAGCCACAUUCCCACCACCGGGAUGUCUUUCUGGACUCCUGCCUUUGGGUUCCAGAACACCCAGCCUCAUUGAGUGCUCUAUCCUGACGCGCAGUGGAAGUCUUUCUCUGUUUCCGUGUUAAUGUCGACUUUGUUAUAUAAUAAAUAAUAAUAUAUUUUUUUCUGCUAAUUUCCUUAACGGGACCCAGUCCCUUAUUAGAGGGAGAUUAGAGGCAAGUACAGUUCAAACUAUGGACUUGUUGGUUUCCUGUCACAUCCACCAGCCCUAAAACUUUCAUUUAGCACCUUCCUCUGCCUAAGAAAAGCACCUACCUCUGCCGUGGGAUGUUUCGGAAAGGGGUCCCCAGUCCCUAACUGGCUGUUUUGAUUUCGUUCUGCCGUCCCUGUGAUUGUGGCGCUCACUUUUGAUUUCUGUGUGUGGAUGGAGUUAGGAUAAGGUUGGGCUCCAUCUGACGUCCUAUCUUCCCCCCGGCUUCCCAGCUUCGGGUCUCUCCAGCCGUCUGUCGCUAAAUCAUGGCCUAUAGCUUCCUGUCCGGAAAUCUUGCUUUGAAAAACUUAAAAAGCCCUGGUUUACAUGUGGGCAGGACCGUGAUAAGCAGGGUACAAGCUGUGUGCUGACAAGAAUUGUGACAAAAAGCCAAAAUAAAUAUUCGUCGUGAUAAAAAACAAAGCCAGCCCCUAGCUCCCAAACUUCCAUCACCAGUGAUCCAAAAGGGAUACAAAGGAAAACCUAGGAUUCCUCAAGAGGCAAGAUGCACUCGCUGAAGAUUUCUCUCCAGAGCAAUCGCUGCAAUGCCAACACGACAUUGUGUGUACUGAGAGCAGAAAAUGGUAUUAGGAAGAAGUGUGUGUAAGUAACACAUUAUUGUAGGGCUCCUCAGAUGUAAUAUUUUACUUGUACUAUUUAUUUAUAAAUGGGAAUUCUAAUUAAGUAAUAACGUGAAGCCCAGCAUGGGAGUUGACCAAGAGCUUUUUAAUUUUAUUGAUACUCGAAUCCAAGUUUGUUUGUUUUUUUUUCCUUUUGAAUGUGCUUUGCUUUCUUGAUUAAAAAAAAAAAAAUUAACUGACCCUAAUUAAAGAAAAAAAAAAAAACAGGGUAAUAUGUGAGGCUGAGUCUGUCCAUGUACGAGAGAGCGUGAGGGUGUGUGCGGUGCGUGUCUUUAUGCGAUUUUGUCCUUUUAUGUUGCUGGGGGGAGGGUGAGAUCUAAGUACUCGCUCCUUAUAUGUGUGUGCUAAUGAAUGCCUAAUAAAUACUGUGUGCUUAAAACAGUA